AUGGGCGGAUGCGAUCAAAAACAUUUCGAAGGUUUACAAGGAGAACGGCGACUACAUCCAGCCUGGACGGUCCAGGUCGCUGCUAUCGCAGCUGGGGAGCUCUACGCCUACGGCAAGUACGAGGUGCUUUUCAAGCCGACCAAGGCUGCCCAACACCAGUUCCGGCCCAAGGCCGAAGAGGCCAUGUCUUAUUUUGUCGGCUGCAAGGCUGUCGAUAAGGGGUACGCCGAGGACGGUGGUUUUGCGAUCAAUGGUGGCAAGGGCUGGUCAGAUCGCGUGUACGACAACCACCAGAUCGCAGUCAAAAGUAGUAUUGCCAUCGCCAUGGGCAACUACUACUUCACCUGCGCAACAACUGGAGAGAAAUCCAAAGUCGAGUACACCUUUGGCUACCAACGUUGCGACGACGGCAAGGUUCGCAUCUUCUUGCACCAUUCGUCCGUGCCGUACGCCGUCUCCAGUAAAGCAGCGGAUCCCAAGGGAAAUAUGGCGGCCAGCACAGCAGCGGUCACCAGGGAAGAUGUGAUCGCUGUGCAGAAUGCGUGGGCGGAUGCGAUCAAAAACAUUUCGAAGGUUUACAAGGAGAACGGCGACUAUGUCCAGGCCGCUGCUACCGCAGCUGGUGAGCUCUACGCCUACGGCAAGUACGAGGUGCUUUUCAAGCCGACCAAAGCUGCCCAACACCAGUUCCGGCCCAAGGCCGAAGAGGCCAUGUCUUAUUUUGUCGGCUGCAAGGCUGUCGAUAAGGGGUACGCCGAAGACGCUGGUUUUGCGAUCAAUGGUGGCCUGAUCAAAUUGCGUGUACGACAACCACCAGAUCGCAGUCAAAAGCAGUAUUGCCAUCGCCAUGGGCAACUACUACUUCACCUGCGCAGCAACUGGAGAGAAAUCUAA